AUGAUAUUAAUGUUACCUGGGAAGAGCAGAGACCUGACCUGGCGCAAAAACACGUAUGCUCGCAUCUCCCGAAAGCGAGAACAAGAUGCCCUCGCUAGCGCCAUUGAGGUAAGGAGACACCAAACCCAGGAAGUUCACCACUCCAACAAAGGAAAGGCGUCUUACGUCAAACUCGCGACCGACGAACCACGAAGGCGUCGCGCUUCUGUACCUAGCAAGCACGAUGAGCUUGAUGGGAACACGGACACAGCACCCCAAUGCCGUGACAGACAAUGCAAGACGUACAAAAAGGAGCGGACAAGCCGAAGGCUCGCAGGCAAGAAGCCCGACGAAUCGCCCGAGCCGCUGCAACGGAAAAUUGGCAAAGAAACCAAUGAAAACGGAGGGCGCGAAACCUCGAAGAGUAUCAAAGCCUGGGCAAGUUAUAGGAGGCCGUCCAAAGAGGAUGGUGGAAGGAACAAAGGGUUGAUUACACAUUAUACGGAGUCGGGUACCGGUAGACUGUGA